AUGGGAACCCAGGAGGAGAAAAUGGAAAUCCCUCUAACGGUAGACCAACAAACCCAGGCAGAGGAAAUGGAAAUCCUUCAGGCGGUAACCCAUCAAACCCGAAUGGGAACCCAGGAGGAGAAAAUGGAAAUCCCUCCAACGGUAGACCAACAAACCCAGGCAGAGGAAAUGGAAAUCCUUCAGGCGGUAACCCAUCAAACCCAAAUGGGAACCCAGGCGGAGGAAAUGGAAAUCCCCCCAACGGUGAACCGUGGGGGAAGAGGAAACGGGGAUCCUUCCCAUGGUAUCCCGCCUGCAGAAUCGGCGCCCACGGGUCCAGCUGACGGGCCACAUUUUCCAGCUGCUGGACCUGGUUGGGUUCGACCUAAUAAGGCCCUCCUUCCUGAUCCCGUCAAACUGUCUGCUACUGAAGAGCAGGUGACCGUCACUGGAGAUGAGGCUAGCAGAAGCUCGGAGGAGCGAGGAGGCAAGAACAGGCAGGGUGGGACAGGAACUACUGGAAACAGCGACACCGGCAGGACCGGUACUUCGGGUGACACAGGGAGGGGCGACGAGACUGAUGGCAGCCGUGGGACAGGCGGUAAUGGUGGCAGUGGUGGGACAGACAGCAGGGGAGGUGCAGGAGGGACUGGAAGAAGUGGAACCUCUGGCACAAGGGGACCUACGGGGGAAACUGGGGGGACCGGAGGUGCAGAGAGGCCUGUGGGGAGAGGGGACACUGGAAUUGGCCUUGAACCGGAGAUCGAAGCCGGCAUCCCCGGCGCAGACGGUGGAACCGUCGAUCCCAGUGUCGAUGUUGGUUGGGAGAGUUUCGGAAGCAUUUACCCGGAGGGAUCAGUCGGCGGGGGCUCGGAGAGAAGGGGUACAGGCACUGGCACCUCUGGGCCUGGGACUAGGGGCUCCGGAUCAGGGACCAGAGGCUCAGGGGGACGGGGUGCGGGAACUCCGGCUGGGAGUGCACCUCCUGCGGGGCAGCCAACGUCGAUGCCCAAAGGCCGGCUAACCCGUCUUCCUGUAGACAGGAACGGCCAGAGACCCACACGGCCGCCGAGGCAGCCGGCUAUACCCGAGCAUGGCGCCGGGGCUGGAAGGUCGGGAAGCGGACCAGUCGUACCGAGGACGUAUCCGCCAGUCACUCUGGGGGGCAUCGCAAACCACGUCAACAACCAGCAGGACACAGGGAAGCUCACGGGGGCCCUGGUGGGGGGUGUGCUCGCGGGUCUGGCCCUGUUAACUGGAUCGGCCGUGGCAGCGUAUUACGUCCGCAAAAGAAGGAGUGCGCCCCCAAUGCGAAAGCCCGGAGUUUACGAAUCCAUGGAGAUGAGUACCCAACGUGAAUCACGUGUCAUUGAAGAGCUGCCUCAAGAAACAGCAGUUGGCUAG